AAACAAGUCGCAUACACAAAAUAGCACUUUUACUGGUGCGUGUGGCUGUGUGCAAGGAGGUUGGUUGUGCGGAGGUGCCGGUGUGUUCGGUGCGCGGACGCACGGGGCCAGGCGGCGGCGGCGCCCGCGCGGGCGGGGGCGGACCUGUUCGGGCAACGGUGUCGCGGACACCGCACACUAGCUCUCAGUCCUUUCGCAGCGGCCAACGGUACCACAUGUGCCGCUAACUUAUACGCACAAAAUAAACAUCAACAACGCGAGGAAACUUAACGUGCAGUGUGAUACGAUGCUGAUCUGUGAAUUUUAAAAGACCAAGUGACAUAGACGAACAGAAGGAUCGAGUGUAGUGUUGAAUAGCGCCCGAAGAUGCCGAAAAUCUUCCUAAUUAAGAAGCGGCUGCAUGAGCAGCAACUGGGGUUGCAGGAAGGGCAGGAAUUGCUCGCUAGCAAGUCCGACCCGCUGUGCCCCGGCUCCCCGCUUGAUGAUGGCCCCAUUCCACUCCUCUCCAAGAAGGAUAAAGAUUGCGUCGAUCGCGACGUAUUUGGCGAAAGCAAUGGAGUUAAAAAUACAAGAGAUAAACGUUUGAAGGAACUCAGAUUUGUGUCAUCAAUACUUGGUGGCGAUGUCCCAUACGGCAGCCAUAGAGGACAUGUGCUCACACAAGCUGAACGCAAACAAUACUUGCCAGUCGUGGUAGAAGAGAAGAAAACCGAAGACAAACCUCUUAUUAAGGAAGAAAAAGAUUCUCUAGACAGUGAACCAGUAGUAUUACCAUCCAGAAAUACCCCGUCACCAGAAUCUGCUCCCUCACCUGGCAUUGAUAACAGCGUCACUUGCCAAAAAGUGUCGGUCAUACAGAGGACACCCUCACAAUCACAAUUCCGGGAUGGUAAAAAAGAACUAUCUGACGUCAGCAUUCCACCAACAUUGCCGACACCUGAACCUGAGCAAGAUCAACCUAUCGAUUACGUUAUUGCCAAAAAACGUGGCGAAUCAGAAGACGAAGAAACAGAAAAGAAAAUAAGGGAACAAAGGCGAACAAGUAGUUCAAAAAUUGCAAAUGGAAUUUUGGCUAGACCAUCCUUCGUACUUCGUAACUGUCCAGCGAAUAAAGUCCCUGGCAUUAUCAAUGCCGCGGCGGGUCAUGGUCGAUCAACCGGUAAUACCGGUUCAAGUGGCAGCUCACAAAGCAGUGGUGGCUCGGGCAGCUUUAGUUCUGGCGGUGGCGGCACUGCGCCUUCGUCUGGCGGCGGUGGUGCGAUAGGAGGUGGUUCGGGAAGUGGUGGCAAUGGCCGCGACGGUCGAUCAAAUUACGGCCCUAACAGCCCUCCUACAGGCAGUCUUCCACCUUUCUAUGAAACCUUAGGACCAUCUACAAAAGGUGGUCAAAACUCUUUCAAUGCCAAUAGCAACUUCUCUAAUGAAUUCAACAUUAUUAACGGAUUUAACAUGGACUGCGAAAAUAAUGACAAUGCCACGAACUUCCCUGAACAAAGUAAACAGUAUUCAUUAAUGCAAAAUGCACACUACGGGUUAGCGCUUAAAGAUGAAGAAAUAGAUUAUGAAAGCAAAUUAGAGAAUAUUGGGGCCAUUGGUAAUUACGGAAGCAAUUUUGAUGAGUCUAUGGUAGUCGAUAUGGGCGAAGAUGUAAUAGACAACUACCAAUUUGCUAACACAUUGACAUUCCCAGGACCUAACGAAGGUAUCUUAGGAAACCUGUCAGAUUCAGCUGAAGACUUCGCUAGCUUACUAAACAAUCAUGUAGAAUCUAUUACUGACUCCGACAUCAGAGAAUCAUCGUCAAUCACUCCAGAUUCAGUACACAAUCCCGUUGAUAUUGAAUCAUUAGCAGAACAAGUUAAUUUAAGUAGACAAUACUAUGAAAAGGCUAACUAUUUAGCAUUCGCCAGUCAAGAAAACCAGGGUUCUUCAUAUAACUUUGCAAAGGAUCGGCCAGAUUUAUUGAUGCAACUGAAUCCAGCGCUUUUGCAACACGGUGAAGGUCAAAUGCAACAGCUACAAAUCCACGUGCAGCUUCAACAAAGACAGCAGAUACUAUCCCCCGGCUUCCCCUUCACUAGUCACCCCGCCUUGGACCUGGACUCGCCGACGGGUACAUCGCUGCCGUCGCCUGGCGGGAACAACUCGCUCGACGGCAACAGCCACAUUGAGAACGCCUCCCUCAGUCCUGCUGCUGCUGUAAGUCUCAAGAAAUCCUCUGCCGGCGAUGGCAAAAUUCAAAUCUUGCAACAAAGGUUGGGUCUACCAGCAGAACUCCCGUUGGAAUUCAUAAAUGGUGGACACGGAGUAAAGAAUCCAUUGGCGACAGAAGCGAACGCGAGACAAAGAGAAGAGGAAAAGAACAAACAAGUAUUAGUAAGCGAAGAUGAUCCCACAAAGUUUGUUUGCAGAGUUUGCUCAAAGAACUUCAGUUUACAGAGACUGUUGAACCGACAUAUGAAGUGUCAUUCGGACGUCAAGAGAUACCUGUGCACGUUCUGUGGCAAAGGGUUCAAUGACACCUUCGAUUUAAAACGACACACAAGGACGCACACUGGUGUCCGACCCUACAAAUGUAACCUCUGCGAGAAAUCGUUUACCCAAAGAUGCUCUCUGGAAUCUCACUGCCUUAAAGUACACGGAGUUCAACACACUUACGCAUACAAGGAGAGAAGGACUAAGAUGUAUGUUUGCGAGGAAUGCGGCCACACUACAUCAGAGCCAGAAGAGCACUACAUGCAUCUAAAGAAACAGCACCCUUAUUCCCCGGCGCUGCUCAAGUUUUACGACAAGCGACACUUCAAGUUCACAAACGCGACGUUCGCAAACCAGCUUCUGGGACAGCUGCCCAUGCCAGUACACAACUAAAUGUACACUAAUGAUAAUUUCAUAACUGUUAUAAUUAGCACUUGCAAUCAUUAAGGACAUAUUUGUGCUAUGGAUCAAAACAGGGGCAUACGAAUAACUUUAAGUUUCUCUCGCAUUUAAUGGUAUGUCCGUCAUAAGAACAUUUUGUCUCUAAUGAAUACAAGUCUCCAAGAACAGGUACCAAUUAAGGUAUCGGAUUUUUUCAACAACAUGGUUUCAUCUAAUUGAAUGAAUAUGGCAUUUUGAAAAAUGUACUUAACAUUACGAAUUUAUUCCGUCCGUUUAAACGUAUACAAUAUUUGUCUAAACUACCCAGUUCUUAUUUUAGAUUUGAGUCUGCACACUCGAAAUUCCUCUUAGUUAUGUAAUCGACAUUGUCUUCCAAACUAUUAUUGUAGUAGACAUUCCGUGUUUUAAGAAAAUACAUAUAUUAUACGGUGUGUAUCAAACAACGGAACAGUAUCCAUGUUUUGUUCCAUUGAAAAAAUACCUUAAUUUUUUAACAGUCAACGUGAAAUAAUCCACUGGCCUAAGUAGUUAGGCAUGACUGCAAUUAAAAAAUCAAAGUAUCGGGUAUUAUGUGCAAUCUUUGGUGAUGGUACGGGAUUAUUUUAAGUUUAGUCUUAAGUUAGAUUAAAAAUAUAGCUUUAGUCCGAUUGUCUCAUAGAAAUCGAUUGUAAGUUUCAUUUCAAACCAGCCAGGGUAGUCUUGUGAGAUUGUAAUGAGAGUUGAGUUCAAGUGGAUGGUGCUAGAUAACGAUUUUAACGAUGCUGACUUGAAAUGAAACCAUUUAUGGAUCGGAUGACGCUUAUUGUCCGAUCUAUAAGCAAAUAUCAAAGACUUAUGCUUUGGUAUAAAUUGAAUCCACGGUAAGGAAUCUCUUUCCUCGUUUUAGUGAUACUAGCUCCUAAUUAUUUCUCAAAUUAAUAACACAAAUUACGUCACAAUUUUAAUUUGUAUUGUAACUAUAGAAAAUGUUAUGUUUGUUUUUGUUUUGUACUUAUUAUAAAGUCAAAAAUUUUUAAAUUCGAUAGUGGCGCCCCGAUGCGGCGUCACGGCAUGUCGUACCAAGUUGAACUGCAUUUCUAGAAGUAUUUAUAUUAUUUAAAUUAAAAUAUUGAUCGGUUACAGUUUGUGCUGUGAGUGUGUGUGAGAAUUAUGUAUUGUGUAAAUGUGUUAUUUAAUGCGUCAAUUGUUAUAAUUUUAAUGAUACGUCAAGGUCGCCUUGAUGAAGCGCUUCCGAGUUAUAAAAGAGGGUUUAAAAGACUAUGAUGCUCAAUUGAUACAUUUGCGCUUUCACAGCGAAGCUUGUGGAUAAAUUAGGUACUUAAAGAAUUGUAAAUAUGUCUAAAUUUAGAAAAUAGUAGUAAAAUUUUGAGAAAGUAAUAUUACCUAAUUAUGUUAGUAGUACCUACUUAGCAUUUAUGAGAUUUUUAAAAAAGAUUAUUGUUAAAGUAUUUUGUACAAUUUGGUAAGAUUGAAUAGAUCUGAAUUUUGAUAUUGGCUUAUCAUGUGUCGAUGCGUCGAUGGCGGUCCGUUACAAUUGUGAUAGCGCAAUGCCUUCGUUAUACAUACUGUUGCAUUUAUUAGCAUUUCGAUACAAUUUUCAAACUGUAUUUUAAGAAACAAACAAUUUGUUACUCUGUAUUGAUAAGCAAUAUAUCAUCAAUAAAA